AAGAAAUAGGAUGAUGUACCUGUACAUUUAAAGGAGAAUACUAAAUUUUUUGAUGCUUACGCUCCAAUAGUUAAUUGACUGACGCGUUUCAUGGUUGUUAGUGUGAGCGGGUUGUGCGAUUCGGUUCUGUUUUGUUUGUGAAGAACGUUAUGUAAUUUUGUGAAUCACUGAAGUUGACGAUAAUUAUCAUUUUCGCUCUUAGAAAAAGUUGAAGUAAAAUGUUUAAAUUAUAAAACCCUCCAUGUUCUAUAAUCAACCAGGACCAAGUGCGUCUGUACCACUGUGCAGUAAUGAUUUUUUUGGGAAUGUUAGUUUUAUUUAGCCUUUUUGAAUCGGGUGCCUGCGAACCUAAUCAUUCCCUUUUCAGUUAAUGAUGCAUAAGAUAUGAUGAUGUAUUUCCGUACUGAGCGGAAUGUGCGCAUUAGAACGCGUUUCACCGAUCCAGGUAACACACUGAUCAGUAGACUGUCCAGAGAGAUUAAUCGUGAUGUCUGAAGUCAAAAGGAAAUUAGUUUUGGGUAUUGAUAUUGGAACAACAUCUAUAAAAGUCUGCAUUGUUGAUGCAGCCACAAAACAGACAUUGUCUAAGCAGGCAAAGGAUACUCAAGCAAAUGUGCCUAGCGACCAAGGGUCAGAAGGAAACAAGCAAAAUGUACCUAAAAUUAUUUCUGCAUUGAAUUUUUGCAUAUCUAGGCUUCCAAAGGAUCAGCUGAAAGAUGUGGAGCAUAUUGGGAUAUGUGGACAGAUGCAUGGUGUUAUGCUGUGGACUAGUCAGGAAGGAGAAAAAGCUUGGGAACGAACAGAGGUGUUUACCGGUUGUAGAUAUGAAGCUAAUGCCAAAGCUGUUUCGGCACUAUAUACAUGGCAAGACUCUCGUUGUGACCCACAGUUUCUGGCUACACUGCCAAAGCCUCAGUCACAUCUUCAUGUUUAUUCUGGCUAUGGAUGUGCUACACUGUUCUGGAUUGCUCGCAACAGACCUGAUAAACUUGACAGAUAUAAUUGUGCUGGAACAGUCCAGGAUUUUGCUGUGGCUAUGUUAUGUGAUAUGGAUAAGCCUGUUAUGUCUGUGCAGAAUGCUGCAAUGUGGGGCUAUUUUGACACAAAUACAUCUGAAUGGAAUACUGAUAUUUUACAAAAUGCUGGAUUUCCAACCCAUAUACUACCAAGAAUUGUCAAAAGUGGAGAAGUUGUAGGAAGUCUUGCAAACAGUUGGUAUGGGAUUCCCAGUGGUACUCCUGUAGGAGCAGCAUUGGGGGAUCUUCCAUGUUCAGUUCUUGCCACACUGGAAAAAGAUGAUGAUGCUGUGAUGAAUAUAUCUACAUCUGCACAGCUAGCAUUUGUUAUGAAACCAGAUUUUCAACCUAGCCAUCAAUCUCCAGAGAAACAGACAGUGCUGUAUUUCCCUUACUUUAGUGGGAGAUACUUAGCUGUGGCUGCAUCGUUAAAUGGUGGAAAUGCACUGGCUACUUUUGUUCGUACCCUUCAACAAUGGACGUUAGAACUUGGCUUCAGUGUUCCACAGUCUAAAGUGUGGGAAAAAAUACUGGUUUUGGCUGCUGAGGAAAAUGCAGUUUCAUCACUGAAAGUGAUACCAACAUUGUUGGGAGAAAGGCAUAGUCCUGAACAAAAUGCAACAGUUACAAACAUUGAUUUAGGUAAUCUGUCAUUGGGACAAGUAUUCCGUGCAUUAUGUAGUGGUGUUAUUGAAAAUUUGCACAGCAUGAUGCCAAGAGAAGUGCUGUUGGAUUCAAGUAUAAAGCGGAUAUUAGGUAUUGGCUCUGCACUAACUCGUAAUAAAGUUCUCCAGGCAGAAGUUCAGCAUUGGUAUCAAUUGCCAAUUGAUUUUGUAUCUGGAGGAGAUGCUGCUAUGGGAGCGGCUUUAUCAGCCUUGUCUGUAUCUUAGCUGUAACUGGUCAAACAGUCUCUGUCAGAGUAAUAUUUUUUGUCAAAAGGCAAUUUGUAUGACAUUUGUCAUACAGAUUUCCUGAUUUAUGCUUGCAUGGAAAUGAGUAGGCCAAGAAAUUAAAAUGAAGAUAGUGCUAGUUAGAACUGCUCAAACUAUAUUUUGAGCAGUAAUAUUGAUUUUAAAAACAUAUUAUAUGUAAGGUGGGUCGAGGAGUAGUUAACUACAGAAAUAGGUUAUGUACUGUACCAAUCAAAAGAAAUCAAGAUGGAGGCCAGAAGCAUGAUUAAUGAUUAAGCAUCUGAAAGUUUAUAAGUGAAAAAGUAAAUUUGGCUGUUCUCAUAUAACAGAGAAAUUAAACCCAUUCUAAGAACUGCACAACAAGAAUGAAUACCAAGCUUUUGUUAUCUGAGCUGAAGGGAGUACAAGAAAACAGUAAGAUAACCAGGAAAUGCAGAUUUGAUUUGAGGAUGGAGCAGGGAUGGAAGAGGAGAGAAGGUUAAGUGGGGUAGACUAUUUAUACAGCUGUAAAUGUUGCCAUAGUGUCACAUAAUUUAGAUUUUCACCACAGAGUGAGUUCAACAUUUUCAGAGAGAUUUUUCUUCUCUACAACCAAGCUUGUGAAUAUUGGAGGUUACAAGUAGUAAAUUAGGCAGAUGUACUUCCAAGAGAACAAGAGCAGUUGCUUGAAAGCUAGUAAAGUUUCUGCUAUUACAUUUGUUUAUGCACCUUGUAUCAAUCUGCUUCAGGUGAACGGGUUGCCUUUCUUAAUUUUUGUUUUGUUACAUCUUAAUAUUACACAGUUUUCCUAGGUGAUCAGAAUUGGUGACACAUAGUCAUAGCAGAUGAUUCCAUUUGUUUCAGAUCUCAGCUAUUUGAAAGAGUCAAGAUAUCAUGAAAUUGUAAUCUGGUUUCAUUUUUUAGAUACUCUCAUGCAUUUGCACGUGGUGCUCUCUGAUAUGUGCUCAGUUCUAUGUAUCACUGUGUAAUCUGGUUUCAUUUUUUAGAUAACCUGCAUUUGCCAAAUUUUGAUGGAUUUUAUUUUAUAUUUCUCUGAUAUGUGACCAGUUCUACGUAACACUGUGUAAUCUAGUUUCACUGUAUAGAUAAUCUCAUACAUUUGCCAAGUGGUGAUCACCAGAAAGCCUUGCCUGACAUUAAUCCAUCCUUUGUCAGCUAAAGCUCUCUUAGGACAACAAAUAAAAAUGUAUAAGAUUGUCUCAGAGAGACUGGAAAUCAGCAUUUUGGUUAAUAUUGCUGUUAAUGCCCUGCUGUCCCCUGCAGUGUAUGAGUUUGUUUGUUCUGGUAUAAGCUUAAGGUCUCAUUUCAUAUGGUAACAGACAUUGGUAUUUAUUACAUUGAACAAACAUGAAUCAUAAUUCAAUGUAAAAGUUAUUGGGUUUACAAUUUCUUCACAGCUUGAGGUGCUUCAGAUAUUGUAACAGGAAAUUUUAAAGCAGAGUACCGUAUGUAAAACAGUUAUGUAGGAAACUCUUACCUAAAAAGCUUUAAAAUAGUUUUAUAGUUCUCUUGUAAAGCAGCAAAAAUAUAAGGUAAUUUGCCAGUUUCUUGCCUGUCAACAUUUAUACAGGAUUGUAUUUGAUUGACCUGUUAAAAUUUUAUCAUUAGAUGUAGCAUCAUAGUUAGUUUUGAUGUGCGUGAAGAGCAUGUAUCACUGUUCUAUGUAUAUGCAUUAGAGAAUUAGAAAACUUUCUGUAAUGGAUGACUGUACCUGUCUUACAUUCUUGUUCAUGUAGCAUUACGAGCUUCUAAAGACAAGUACUCAUAUACCAAGUGCUACAGUUAAAAAUUUUCUUCCAUGUAAAUAUUUUGGCAUCUCACCAUGUUCAGUAUCUUAUAUUACUUUGUUCUCUACACUUAAUAAUGUCUAAUAGUAAUCUCUAAUGGUUAGCAGAUUUGAUAACACAUAGAAAAAAACUUUUCAGUUGUUUCUCAGUCCAUAAAGUUAUGAAAUUAUUCCAUACACUCUCUUUAUGUCAACUCCUGAUCAGCUGUCAGAACUUAGAUAAAUGACACUGUACAAGUUGUUAGAUCCGAUCAAAUGAAACCUUUCUGGGCAGUUGUCAUCUACUAUAAGCUCACUUAUCCACCAGUUUUUUAUGCUUUCUUUGUGUGUAUUCAAAUUGCAGGGUACAUCACUCACUGUUUUACAAAACAGUUUCAGGCUUAUCAUAUUUUAACUGAAAAACUGUGAGUGUUCCAUGGUUCUCAUAUGUAUACCAUGUUUUGCAUUACAGAAUCCUCAUUGCUCUCUUUUAUUUGACAUACAGUGUGUUUCAUAUAAAAUCACACACUGUUCUUAAAACUAAAACACAUAUUCGUUAUCUGUUUUCUGUUAGGUACUUUUUCACUUUAAUCUAUGCAAUAUUUCUGUCAUAUAUUUGCUUAUCGGAUUAUCUCUCAUGAUUUACCACAAAUGAACAUUGUUUUGUAGUCUGCAGCAUUCAUUAUCUUGUUUUUUUUCCCCACACAAACUAAGAUAAUUUACUGGUUCUUCCUUCAGUAUUUGGCAGAAUUUUUUGUUUUUCCUCAAGUAUAUAAAGAAAGACAACUUUACAAGAAGACUGAAGUGUCCAGGAAUUUUAUAGUGCUCACUUCUGAUAAAAAUUUGCAGUAUAAGUACUGUGUGCCAAUUAAUCUUCUGCAGCACGAAUUAAACAUAUCAGAAUAAUGUGUCCUAAUUGUGAUUUUACUGUACAGUAAUCUAAAAUAUACUUAAUCUUAUAUAGUAAUAAAGGGAAUAUUUUUCCAAUGUAAGACUUUCAUGAGACAGGGAUGACAAAUACACAAAAUGAAUCUAAUACAGUUAAGCUAACACACAAAUUUAUUUCCUACUGUUUGAGAGAUAUCGCAAAUUACUAUAGCAGAAACAUCUUUGUUCCUAUAGUCACAGCUUUCAAAAUUAAUUUUCUCAGAAGCAAAGAAGAUUCUUUAUUAUAGGUUCAGCUACAGAGGCUUUGGUAUUUACAAAUGCUGAUUUAUCUGAAUCCAGGUUUUCAGCAUGUUGCAUAACCUACAUGCCUAAUGUUAUUCCAGGUGCUACAAAGAUUUAUUAAUCCUUUGUUUCACUAAACUGGAAAGUAAGUUCCUGUAAAUUUAAAAUCAUAUUCUGGAAACUCCAGGUUGGAAUAUCAACAAGAUUAGGAAAAGGACAGAUUGCUACUCACCAUAAAGUUGGCCCAUUGAGUUACAGAUGGGUAUAACAAAAAUACUGUUGUGUAUUAUAGCUUUUGGCCAAAGUCUUCUUCAGCAAGGGAAACACACACACACACACACAUUCACAUAAGCAAGGGCUCCUCAUGCAAAUGACCACUACCACCAGUAGCUCCGACCAGAAUCACAUUUACCAGUUUUAAAGGCCAUUUGAAUGCCAUUCAGUCACUGACAUUUAACAGUCUCAGAAUCCAGUUUAUAACUUCAGACACAGCAGUGCAGCAACAUUUAAACAACACAUAUUCUCUCACCCUCCACCUCCAUAGCCGAGUGGUCAGCAUGGUGACUGCCAUGCAGAGGACCUGGGUUCAAUUCCCAGUACUGCUAGGGGUUUUUCCUUGGUGGGAGGGCUGGAGCGGUGUCCUCUCAGCUUCUUGAAGCCAGUUGGGGAGCUACUUGAAUGAGAAGCAGUAGUUCCAAUGUUUGUAAAACUGACAAUGGUCUGGAAAGCAGUAUGCUGACCCCACACUUCUCCAUACUGCAUCCAGAUGACAUCAUUGGCCGAGAAUAACAUGGCAGCUGGUCAGUCCCAAUUGGCCUGUCUGAGCCCAUGAUGGAGCGUUUAAACAACACCUAUUCUCUCACCCUCCACUAUUCUCUCACCAAAAUCAUGCAUGUUACACAUUUAAUGGUCACUUUUUACAUAAAAAUGUCAAAGUAAAAAUUUAUUGGACUUUAAACUUAUUAUAUAAUGAGAUUUCUUCCCACCAUUAAUUUUCAGAAAAUCAAUGUUUCAGGAGUGAACAGUACUUGCAAUCAAUAGUAAAUUUGGAAAAAUACAUUUUUAAUUGUUGCUGUGAUUACAUGCUCCUUUAUUCUGUAAAUGGUGAGCUGUAGGUGUGCAUAAAUUUUGGGGGUAAUGACCAGAAAGCAUUAAGAUUAAGCUAAGAUGUAAGAACUUAUAAAUCAGUAACAGAUUAAUUACUCAAUAUUCACUAUCAUAACAGAAGACCAAUAACAAACAAAAUCACUACAAUCCUUUAAUCAGAUUAUAUAGCAAACACAGUGAGAAAAAGUUCACCACUUCUUUAAACAAGCAACAGCAACAGAAGGAUUUAAAACAGACUCAUAGUCUUCUCUUAUCUUUUGGUUCUCAGUGACAAAUUGCUUUGUUUACCAGUAAUUAACAGAUAUUUUCUGUCUGUCUUUGACUCCCAAUGGA